AUCUCACAAAGCAUGUCAGGAAACACCGAAAAAGAGUUUAAGCCCGUAACGGUCGACAAGCCGAUCCCAGACACCUUCGACUUGGGAAACUUGGCGGCUUUUGACCCAAAUCCCCUUGAAAAUGACAAGUUGGCUAACGCAGAACAAAAGGAACAGUACUUGACAGCAGUCACCAGAGAUAACGUGCAAUUGUUGAUAAAUCAAAUCUUAUCAUUGCCCUUGAAGACUACCACUGACACCCACGGGUCUUCCACCGGACAGGAUUCCACGAUGACAUUGGUGCAAUUGCCCCAGCCUAUCACAUUAUUGCCUAGAGAGAAGGCUAUUCCUAAGGACAAACCAUUAACCAAAUGGCAGAAAUUCGCCGUUAAGAAAGGUAUUAAACCUAAGGCUAGAGACGGAAAAAUGGUAUAUGAUGAAGACACCGGUGAGUGGGCUCCCAAAUGGGGAUACAAGGGUAAAAACAAGCUGCUUGAUGACCAGUGGUUGGUUGAAAUUGAUGAUAAGGUUAAGAAUACGCCUGAUGAGUUGAUUGACCCAAGAAGUUUACAUAGAGCUGAAAGAAAGAGAUUGGUCAAGAAGAACGAGUUGCAGCACAAGCGGAACUUGAGAGGUUAAUGAACCAGAAAGAGCAUUUAACGAUAAGCUAUGUAUUUAUAGAAUUUUAAUGUCACCAUUUCGUACCACUU